AUGGAAGGCAAGACAGACGGGCCUGCUUCAUCCUGCCGUGGAGACUUCAGCCAUCGGUCAGGAGCCACCCCCAGCAUCAUCUGUGUCUUGCUCUCCACAUCAUCCCCACUGACACAGAACAACUUCACUGAUGUCUACAAGCUCUUCAACUCCUCAAAUAAGGACUGUGCAUCUGGAAUAUCUGUUCCAUUCUUGUACACCUUCAACAUGCGUCGCCUGGAUGCGUCAGUGAUGUUGCACGUGGAUCACGUGUUUGCAGUCCUGGAUGUCGAUUACUCCCUGACUGGGAAGGAGUUUGUCUCUGCCAGUUUUAAUAAAUCUAUUGGCAUCUUCCCUGUAGACAAGAGCCCACAGCAGAUAUAUCAUACAAAACGCACGCAGCAUGUCAUCUGUGUGAAGUGGUUGACUGACAACAAGUACAUUCUUUGUGGCUUGGAUGAAAUGAACAUUUGCUUACGGAAGGCAAAUGGUUUUGAAAAACAGGGAACACUGGCCCCUCGCCAGAAAGCUGCCCUGAACUACAGCUAGAAGCUGAAGGAGUAGUUCCAGCAUCACCCCCAGAUCAGACGCAUUGCUCGCCACUGCUACCUUCCUAAAGCCAUCUUCAGCCAGUCUAAAGAGCUCCGUGUCAUAAAAGAGGCUCGCCACAAAAAGGAAAUGAGUUGUCGUAAGCACAGCAAGCCAGGAUCUGUUCCAUUUGCGUCAGAGAACAGGAAACACAUUGUGGCUGUUGUGAAAUAA